AUGUUUAAGAUUGGUGAAGAUACUCUUCCAAUUGGUUAUGGAUUAGGUACUAAAUGGUUUAAGAAGUCAGAUGAACUUAAUACUGAAAUCACUGAUAGUUUAAUUGAAGCUGUUAAGACUGGUUUUACUCACAUUGAUUUAGCUGAAGUUUAUGGUAACUAUGCUGAAUUCAAAGCUGCUUUACCAGAGAUUUUGAAACUUGUCCCAAGAGAAAAGUUAUUUAUUACUGAUAAAUUCAAUCCAUCUGUCAAAGAUACUGAUCACACUCCUUUAAAGCACUUGAAAGAGACUUUAGCUUAUCUUGGUUUGGAAUAUGUUGAUUUAUAUUUAAUUCAUUCUCCUUUUGUUGCUGACCAUUUAACUAUCGAAUCAACAUGGGAUGAAUGUAAGACCUUAAAGAAAGAAGGUUUGGCCAAACAUAUCGGUGUUUCAAAUUUCGCUGUCAAGGAUCUUGAAAAGAUCGAUGGUGUUGAAGCCAACCAAAUUGAAUUCUCUCCUUUCUUACAAGCUCAAACCCCAGGAAUUGUUGAAUAUUGUCAAAAAUCCAAUAUCCUUGUUGAAGCUUAUUCUUCACAAACUCCUGUUAUUCAACAAGAUGUUAACCCUGAAUUGACUGAAUAUUUAACUAAAUUGAGUGAAAAAUAUGGUAAAUCUGUUGGUCAAAUCAAUUUACGUUGGGUUUUCGAUCAAGGUGUUUUACCAGUCACUACCACCAAUAAAGUCGAUAGAAUGAAAGAAUAUUUAGAUCUCGAUUUCAAAUUGACUGAUGAAGAAGUCCAGAAGAUCAAUGAAUUAGGUGCUAAAACUCACAUUAGAAAGUAUUGGACUGAUUAUUAUAAAUAG